AAUAGGCAUUCUGUGCGCACUUUGCUCACGCGAUCCUUCCCGACCGACCUAUCAAUCAAACCCUGAUUCGGCGGAGCACUCCACCUGAUGAAACACUAGAAGCUUCAUUUAGCCUUUGUCACGUGACUGUGGGUGUUUUGAAUCACGCUUCGGAUCAGUGUUUCGAAUCAUUUUUGCUUCGGGAUCUCGCAAAGCUUCGGAACGUCUGUUUCGCGUCAGCCAUCCUGGGUAAUUACGACAUGACGCGCAGAGCGUCAUCCGCGUAUUUAAAUUCACGUAUUGUUGGUAACUAGCGUGAUAAAAAAAAUGGCGUCUACAUGGAAAAUACAUUUAACGAUGGUUUAUCUGAUCGUCUUGUGUAUUCUGGCCAAUAUCCGAUCGAAACAAAUAACCACGGAGACCAUCGUGUUAAAUUUCACAGCGGUUAGUGAAAAUAGCCAGACAAAGUACAGCGUACAGAUUAAUUUGAAUGUAGGUUUCUUGGACAAUGAAACACUUAUUAAUGGAGCUCGUCUCAAGUCUACAGGUGUCACAAGGGUGACAUGCCCUGCAUUUUUGUUGGAUGGCUAUAACGCGAGCUCUGGUAAUCCAGCGUAUGUGUUGGUCAGCAGUGAGUUGAGGCUGAUGAUCAAUCAAUCAUAUGUUCAGAAUGAUGCUGGAGAGCAGGUUCUGUUACUCCUCCUGAGUCAGGAGAUAAUCCAGUUGGCAGAUGAAAAGGUUCAGCAGCCUGACGUGUGUGAGGUGGAGAUCCGGUGGAACCAGAGCUCUGGGAAGAUCACACAGAUCACCAAUAUUUACCCUUUAUCAAGAAGCAAGCUCUCCGUCAUUCCACAAGAGAAUGACAUCUUGGUUACUGAUGCAUCCAUACAUAAUACAGUUGAAGACCAAGUGCGUAACACCACUAGCCACUACUUACUCAAACAUGCAGAGACCACCCAGGAUGAGAUUGCAGCUCCAGGGAAACUUCCUGAAACACCCUUGCGGAUGGACCCUGAAACACUGUAUGAGUCCAGAGAGGAAGAGGAAAGGACUUCCGAUUCAGUGCUGCUUGGGGUUCCUUUAAGUGGGUCCAUAUCCUCUUACAGUGUGGCGUGCCAGUGGGUUGAGGAGCUGAGGGAUAAACUUCGGCGCUUCUGUUCUGAUUCAGUGCCGCUCUUCUUUUUGAUCAUGUGGGUUGUGGUGGUAGGCGUUGCAGGCUCCGCCAUCAUCAUUAAGAUCCUGGAUCUUCUGUUCCCCUCCUGUGAACACAGGGGAUUCUUUCAUCUCAAUCCAGAGACUUUGAUGCCAGAUGAUGAAAAACAGAAUCUAAUGGAUAACAUGGAGGGAGAAAUAUCAGAAAAAAGCAUUUUGAUAGAAAAGUGAUGGACGUGUUCUAUUCAGUUUGGCUUUGUGGCUUUAUUUGGUUGACAAUACCAAUGACUUCAGUGUAGCACAGAAAAAAAAAAAUCUAUUUUCACAUCUGCAUCUGUGUGAAAGCAUAAUCAGACUUUUUUAUUCUUGACUACACUGUGCUUGGGGAAUAUAAGGAGUGAGGUGGAAUGGUAAAGGUGCACACUUUUAAAUAAGCACAGUACCUAAAAUGUCCCUGCUUUUGCCCCCACUAAACUGUUUGUUUUACGGUAAAACAGUGAAUUACCUUUGCCUGAUAAAUGGAAAUAACAUGAAAAGGUGAAGGGUAUGACUAAUGGGGAAAAAAUAAUCCAUUAAUGUAAUUAAUGAUCAAGAUAAUUUUAAUAACUCCAUAUUAUUUAAAUGGAUUUUCUCGUUUCUUACUGUUUUUAGUGGGCUGUAUGAAUCUGCCUAUGUUGCUUAAUGUAAUAUUCAUGUUGCUUGAGAAAUUGCAGUUAAAUUAAGCAUCAAUACAUUUCAGCUUUGACCUGGACGAGUUAAAUGAACACAUUUUGGUUUGGGCAGGGGGUUAAACGUUUCAGUCAUUUUAAGCAUUUCAACUGGACAUGUACAUUUCAUGUAGCCUUGUCAUUGGCUGUUAAUGAAAUUUGUAAUUUGUCUCAUUCUGAAGCAUGUUAUGACCUGUUUUCUUCAGUUUUAGUAAAUUCUUCACAAAUUAA